AUGCGUUCCAAGUUCAAGGACGAGCAUCCCUUCGAGAAGCGUAAGGCUGAGGCCGAGCGUAUCCGUCAGAAGUACGCUGAUCGCAUUCCGGUGAUCUGCGAAAAGGUCGAGAAGUCGGAUAUUGCAACCAUCGACAAGAAGAAGUACCUUGUUCCGGCCGAUCUCACCGUUGGACAGUUUGUCUACGUGAUUCGCAAGCGUAUUAAGCUGUCUCCUGAGAAGGCCAUCUUCAUUUUCGUUGAUGAGGUCCUUCCGCCAACAGCAGCGCUCAUGAGCAGCAUCUACGAAGAGCACAAGGAUGAGGAUGGAUUCCUGUACAUCACGUACUCCGGCGAGAACACAUUCGGUGACUACUAG